AUGCCCAGUACGUCAAAAGUUACUACCAAUAACCAUGCACAAGACUCUGAUUCAGAUGAAUUCCAACAGCUCACCACGCAAAUAGACUCAACUAUAUCCAAUUUAAAACAAAAGAGGGAUUAUUUACAGGAUCAACUAGCUCAAUUUGAGUCUGUUCGUCAAGGUUUGAAGACGUCGGGUGAUUCGACAACCCCAGUCAAGUUUCAGUUAGAUGAUGGGACGAUGAUUGAAAAAACCACAACGGAAGCAAUUGAAUUUCUUGAUAAAAGGGUUACAGAAAUUAAAGAGGCAUUGACACAAUUUAACACGAAAAUAAAUGAAGCAGAGUCAACAAAGGAGAAAUUGAAUCAAUUUAACCAGUUUGUACAACAAGGUGGUAAUCAUGAAGAAUUAAAACAAGAGAAAUUGAAUGAAGACGGGCUUCCAUUUGUUGAUAUUCAGGAAGAGCUUGACGAAGACGGGAAUGUGAUAAAUGUCGAAUUCAAAGAUGCUCAGGAAGAUACAACUAUUGAUAAAAAUGAGAAGGAUAGUCGUGGCACUCCUAAAGUUGAAAUAUUAGGGGAAGAGAUAGACAAGGCAAAGAAACUGGACAAAGUAUCACAAUCUGAAAGUGAUGAAUUUCAGGCGUUGCUUGAAGAUAUGGAAGUUAUUUCUAAAGACAAAAAGGCACAAGAAUUAAAUUUUGAUCAAGAUGAUUUAUUAGAUAAAAUAGACAAAUUGCAAAUCAGUGCUGAGGAUAAGUUUAAAUUGAAACAAGUAUGUGUUGAAGAAUUUAAGAAUUUGGAGCCAGAACAUGACACCGAUAAAACACAAGAAAAUUCUGCAAGCGAUAAAGUUAUUGGUAAUUUUGAAAACCUUGCUAUUGACAAGAAUGAUUUGAUAGAGUUGGAAUUAUUGGCUGAUGAUUUUGACGAUUCGGAGAAUUUUCAGGGAGAAAAUUACGACGAUGAUGAAGAGUGGGAUUAUGAAUUUGAUGACGACGACGAAGAAGAAGAAGAAGACAUUGCAGAUGAACUAUUGUAUGGUGGAGGCAAGGCUAAGAUUAUUGGAAGUGACGAAAAAUCGAACAAUAUGUUAUGGGAUCAAAUUAUAAAUCUAAGAAAAAGCAAACUUGUUGCCACUGAUCAAGUGGCCGAUAAGAUUGAAGAAAGUACAGUUAAUGAGAAGAAACCUAAAGCAGUCAGGUUUGCUGAGCAUUUAGAUAUUAAUGAAGUGGAAAACAUUAGUGAGAGUUUGAGAAACCCACCACCAGAAACUGGUAAAAUGUCCUUGUUUAAGCAAAACCGGAUGUCUUCCCAACAGAAAAAUAGAUCAGAGGAAAUAAUGGAAACAGUUGAAAAUGAUUCUGUCAUGACAGAUAUUUUGGAGAAUGAUGUGAUGAGUGAUAUAGUUGAAAAAGAGCCAGUGAUGACGGAUAUAAUUGAGAAAGAUGAUGAUGUUCAAAUAGUGGACAAUAGUGAUAUUAUUGAAAGCUCCAUUAUUGAACGUGAGCCAGUUGCAACAAUAAACGAAUCUACACCAGAAGCUAAAACAGGAACUGUCUCUCAAAAACCAGUUUCAAGAUUCAAAGCAAUGAGAUCUAGCCAGCCCUUGAAAGAUACUGGGAAAUUGAAUACUCAAGCGCCUGUGAAAAUUCCUAUACCGGGUGACACAGAGAAAGAGGUAGUACCACUGGAAUCACCGACUAGCUUAUCGGUUUCAAAACUACAAGAUUUACAACUGGAUAUGGACAAAAUGGCUCAAGCUUAUGUUUCAGGGAUGUACGAUGAUGAUAUAGUUACAGAAGGGCCAGUAGUGCACAAACUAGAUGAUUUUGAAACUUUGAAUAAAAUGGUGGAGGCUAAAAAACAAGACAAUGAAAAGUUGGGAAUACAAGAAUAUGAUGCUGCAUCCAAUGAAGUAGGAAUGGAAAUUGAUGAAGAAGAUGAAGAUGACGAUGAGGGUCCAAUAUUAGUAGACGAAAUUGUUGAAAAUGAAUUGGAUGAAUCAAACGGAGUUUUCAAUGAUGAAGUAAUCUUUGAUAGAGAAAUUCGUGAAAACUAUCACAAAUUGCGCAACAAAUUAAUACUAGAUCAAAAUGGGUUUAAAAAAUCACAGCAAGAAUUGGAAAUGGAACCUGUAGAUGACGAAGGUAAUCCAAUCAAAAUAAGUAGGUUUAAAGCUGCAAAAAUGAAUCGUGGGGGUUGA